AUGUCUGCCGCUGUCGAGGCCGAUCUCAAAGACUUUUCUUCGCUCUUCUCGCUCAAGGGCAAGGUCGCCGUCGUGACCGGCGGUUCUCGCGGCCUCGGCCUGCACGCAGCCUCGGCCUUCAUCCAAGCCGGCUGCUCCAAAGUCUUCAUCUCCUCCCGCAAGGCCGCCGCCUGCGAAGAGGCCUGCAAGGUGCUCAACGCGCUGCCCGGCCGCAGCCCCGGCGCCGAGGCAAUCUCGGUGCCGGCCGACUCGUCCACCAUGGACGGCGUCAACGCGCUGCUGGCCGCGGUGAGCAAGCACACGGACCGCGUCGACAUCCUCUUCGCCAACGCGGGCGCCACCUGGGGCGAGGCGUUCGACACGCACCCGGACCAGGCGUUUGCAAAGGUCAUGGACCUCAACGUCCGCGGCGUCUUCAACACGGUGCGCGUCUUCACGCCGCUGCUGCAGAAGCACGCCUCGCUGGACGACCCGAGCCGCGUGCUCAUCACGGCCAGCGUCGCGGGCCUGGGCGUGGGCACGCUCGGCAAGCAGGGCACCUACGGCUAUUCCGCCUCCAAGGCUGCCGUGCUGCAUCUGGGCCGCAACCUCGCGCUGGAGCUGGGCCCGCGCGGCAUCACGGUCAACUCCAUCUGCCCGGGCUUCUUCCCGAGCAAGAUGGCAAACGGCCUGCUGGCCAUGUCUGGCGGCGCGGACAAGAUUGCACAGGCGAAUCCCAUGCGCAGGCUGGGCCGGCCGGAGGAUAUCGCGGGCAUCGUGGUGUACUUGACGAGUCGUGCCGGGUCGCAUGUGAAUGGUGAGGCGAUUGCGAUUGAUGGCGGUGCGCUGUGGUCUCGUGGGGAGAUGCUCGUCGAGGAGCAGGCCAAGUUGUAG